AUGGCUCCCCCUGCUGCGACCCUGCCCCAGCCCACCGACGAGGCCGUCUUCUUCCAGAAGGUCGCUGCGAAGACGAACGGGUCUGUCGCGAAUGGCACGUACGAUGUGUUGGAGGACUACAACGGGAACUACCGUUUCGCCCCGAUUGAGGAGGCGCAGGUCUCCCGCGCCAUGAUCAAGCGGUACUUCAACCAGAUGUAUGAGCGUGCCGUCUCGGACGUCGUCAUCGUCGGUGCAGGCAGCGCGGGUUUGUCUUGCGCGUAUCACCUUGCGACGUCGCGGCCUGACCUGAAGGUCACUAUCAUCGAGGCUGGUGUAGCUCCUGGUGGUGGUGCAUGGCUCGGUGGACAGCUGAUGACACCUAUGGUUGUCCGCAAGCCCGCCGACCGUUUCCUCACCGAGAUCGGCGUCCCCUUCGAAGACGAAGGGCCCUUCGUCGUCGUGAAGCACGCCGCGCUCUUCACCUCCACCGUGCUCUCGCGUGUCCUCGCCCUCCCGAACGUUGUGCUCAUGAACGCGACCGCGGUCGAGGACCUCAUCGUGCGCACGGACUACGCCGGCGCGCAGCGCGUCGCGGGCGUCGUCACGAACUGGACGCUCGUCGCGCUCAACCACGACACGCAGAGCUGCAUGGACCCCAACGUCAUCACCGCGCCCGUCGUCGUCACCGCGACGGGCCACGACGGCCCGAUGGGCGCGUUCUCCGCGAAGCGGCUCGUCAGCAUGGGCUUGCUGAAGGAGCUCGGGAACAUGAGGGGUUUGGAUAUGAACCGCGCGGAGCCGGCGAUCGUGAACGGGACGCGCGAGGUCGCGCCGGGUCUCGUUAUGACAGGUAUGGAGCUCUCUGAGCACGACGGCUCGAACCGGAUGGGCCCGACGUUCGGUGCGAUGAUGGCGAGCGGCAUUAAGGCGGCGAAGGAGGCCAUCCGCAUCUUCGAGUCUUCCCAGAUCGUCGACGGCAAGAUCGUCGGCUGA